AUGACAAGAGACCAAAUUGUCCCACACAAAGUCGCUUGGGACGACGAGGCCCCUGAUGACGGUUUCGAAAUCCUCGGGGGGCAGGAAGCCCAAUUCGGCAAGCACCGUUAUGUGGCUGGGCUCAAGAGGUCGCCCAUUCACAAGUCCUACUGCGGCGGCAGCCUGAUCGCCCCAAAUGUCAUUUUGACAGCGGAGCAUUGUUUGGGUAAUGCAACUUCUGUGGUCGUGGGUACGCAUUAUAUAGCCGGUUUUGCCGACGGGGAACUGGCCACUGUUACCCAGAAAAUCAAACACUCCAAUGGCAGCGACGUGGGCAUCAUAAUCUUGGACCGCAACCUCACGGCCAUCAAACCUGUGGGGGUGUCGUUUGAAUUCGCUCACUUGGUGCUCAAGGAGGUCAGCAUCACGACCUGGGACAACACCAGGACCUGGAUUGCGCAUUUCCGUCCAUUGCCUGAUUCGGUGUUGGGUGCUGGAGGCAAGAAAGGAGAAGACUCUUGGGCGGCGACUCAGGGGGGCCGUUGA